UGUUUGUAACGAUCAUUAGUGGUGACAUAACSAUGUUUAUAAUCAGUAGAGGUCUUCGUAAUCUGCGCGUUUUCAAAGAAAAUGCAGCUCUGAGAUGCUUUCUCUCAAGCACAGCACGACAGAACCAUGGAAAAGAAUCCAAAAUGCAGUAUUUGCUACUAGGCAUUCCAGUAACAGCAUUUGGGCUUGGAACCUGGCAAGUCCAGCGACUCAGUUGGAAGAAAAGUCUGAUAAAAGACAUGGAAAAUAGAACUACUAUGGAGCCACUCUCCAUGCCAGACAGGAUUGAAGAUUUGGACACCUCAUCCCUUCAAUAUCGCCGCAUAAGAUUAAGGGGAAAGUUUGACCAUUCAUAUGAGUUUCAUGUGUUGCCAAGAUCCCUUAACGAAGAAACAAGCUCAGGUGGACUUGGUAAAAAGCCAAAAACAGGAGCACAUAUUUUCACUGCAUUUGUUUUGUCAGGAAGUGGAGAAAGAAUUUUAGUAAACCGAGGCUGGGUUCCAAUGGACAAAAUAGAUCCAGAGAAAAGAAAGAAUGGGCAGAUUGAGGACGAGAUCGAACUUGUGGCAUUUAUUCGCAAAAAUGAAAAGCGUGCUCCCUUUGCCCCAAAGAAUAAUGUGGCGAACAACAGAUGGCAUUUUCGUGAUGUUACCACCAUGGCUGAAAUAGCUAAUUGUCUUCCUAUACAAGUUGAUGCAGACGCGGGCAGCACGUUACCCGAUGGGCCAGUUGGUGGGCAGACGCAGGUGCGGUUAAGGAAUGAGCAUCUGCAAUAUAUCUUUACCUGGUACGCACUGUCAGCUGCUACAGCUUAUAUGUUCUACAGACUAAAAAGGAAGCCUCACUCGUCUUUUGGAUAAAUGGUCGAAUGAAGAAUAAAUGAACUUGACUCAGGCUCUAGUCUUGUGGGUUAUUACCUUUAAACAUUUUAAUUUUAUUGAGUCUCUUAACAACCUCUGGGCUGAUCUAAGUCAGGACACGGAUAUCUUGAAAUUGGAAUUUAGCUGGUUUAUCACUAGGUUUUGCAGAGAAUGAAAAAUCGGAGAACCUAGAGAAAAACGCUUGAAUCAAAAGAGAAACAUAACAAACACUACUCACACAUGAUUGGAAGUCCAAGAAUGGAACCCUAGAGGUCAGAGUGGACUACCGCUACACCACCCUUAGCCUGCGUGCAACCGACCUCUAAAGAAAAGUUCGGCUGCACGCAGGCUACACCACCCUUCAUUCCAGGUAUUUUUCCUUGAGAUAAGAGAAAAAUCAUAAUAAAAAUGUAUAACUUUUGUGUGAA